AUGAAUGAUCCAAAUGGAUUAAUCUAUGCUGAUGGAUAUUAUCACCUAUUUUUUCAAUACAAUCCAGCUGAGACGACAUUCGGUAUGAUCUAUUGGGGACACGCAAGAUCAAUCGAUCUGAUACACUGGGAGAAUUUACCGAUUGCAAUAUACCCAUACGAAAAAGGUAUGAUAUUCAGUGGAUGUUGCGUCAUUGAUAAGAACAACGUUACUGGUUUUGGUUCACAUUUACCGGGACAAACUGAACAGCCACUCAUCGCUAUAUACUCACUUCAUAAUGCCACCAGUAAUUCACAAGAUCAAGGAUUAUCGUAUUCACAUGAUCGAGGUUUGACAUGGAAGUAUUACGACGACAAUCCAAUCAUUCCAAAUCCAGGAAUUUCAAAUGAUUUUCGUGAUCCAAAUAUUAUAGAACGAUAUGGAAAAUUCUAUAUGGUUUUGUCGGUGUUUGAGCAAAUAUCAUUUUAUAGCAGCGAUAAUUUGAUCAAAUGGGAUUACAUCAGUCAAUUUGGUAUGGAUCCAGAGGAAGGUGACAGAGAUGGUGUGUGGGAAUGUCCGGCCCUAUUUACAUUGAAAGAUGAACAAAACAACGAACAUGAUAUACUAAUUGUUUCAGAAAAUAUACCCAAACGAGGCAGUGCCAUGCAAUAUUUUAUCGGACUAUUUAAUGAAACACAUUACAAUACGUAUGAUAAAUCAAGAGUUUUAUGGCUCGAAUAUGGUUUUGACAAUUUUGCUGCAGUACCAUAUCACAACGAUCCUUUCGGCCGAUUGAUUAUAAUUGGAUAUAUGAGUAAUUGGAAUUAUGCAGAAGAUAUACCAACAUCAACAUGGCGUGGUCAAUUGACAAUUCCACGUCAAUUAGGACUUAAAACUAUUGAUGGAAAUCUUUACCUUAUUCAACAUCCAGUUGAUGAAUUUUACAGCCUCGUUGAUCGGUCCCGACAAUGGUCACUGUCAACACCGUACUACAUCUUCAGCAAUGAAUACAUCAAUUUAACAUCACAAAUGACAUUCAGUACCGGACCAAUGUUUACAUUGGAUUAUGAUAUAAACAUUGAAAAUGUAUUAAACGGCGAUAUCGCUUUAAAGUUCAGCAAUAAUCAUGGCGAAUCCGUUUUAUUUCAUUACAAUGUGAGCAGCGACACUUAUGUAUUCGAUCGUCAGAACUCUGGAAAUGUUACAUUUAAUCCAGAAUUUAUUAAUCGAAUUCCGAAAGCCAAAAGAAUUAAUACGGGCAAUCGGCUUUGGGGACACAUUGUUUUGGACACUUCAGCGAUUGAAAUCUUUGCUGACGAUGGUAUACUGGUAUUCACUGCACUUUUUUUCCCAACCGAGCCGUUCGAAAAUGUUGAACUAAUCUUUAGUUCUGAAGACACCGAAAAAACAGUGACCGUGGAAAAACUAAGCGUAUCAGCUCUAAACAGCAUUUGGACGUAA